AGGCCUCGAACGCCUCGUCGAACAGGAGCCGGCGACGUCGCCCCCUUCGUCCCCUCCCCUCCACCGCGAGAGCGCCCACGCCACGAAUCCAUUCCGUCCCCAUUUCCUCCCAGCGCCGCGCGCCUCCAUAAUACCGCACCGCCACCCUCCCAUCCCAUGCCGCUCACCACAACCCCCCGCAAAGCCAGCACCCAUUGGGGCGACUUGGCAUUCGAUUCCCAGCCCGGCCCACGCGCGCCGCCCCUCGCCUCGCCUUGUCGGCGGCGUUUCUCAUGAAGGUGCUGUGCAGCGCCUGCGAGGCGGCGGAGGCGAGCGUCCUCUGCUGCGCUGACGACACCGCCCUCUGCGCGCGCUGCGACCGCGAGGUCCACGCCGCCAACCGGCUGGCCGGCAAGCACCAGCGCCUGCCCCUCCUCGCCCCCGGCGGCCACCAAAGCGCCGCCGCCGCCGUGGCGCCGUCCAAGUGCGACAUAUGCCAGGAAUGCGACGCCUACUUCUUCUGCAUCGAGGACCGCGCGCUGCUCUGCCGGAGCUGCGACGUCGCCGUGCACACCGCCAACGCCUUCGUCUCCGCGCACCGCCGCUUCCUGCUCACCGGCGUCCAGGUCGGCCAGGAGCUGGAGGACCCCGCGCCGGAGCAGCCGGAGCCGCCGCCUCCCCCGCCGGCCAAGAGCGACCCGGCCCCGCCGCUCUACGGCGAGGGCGACUUCAGCUGGGCGGGCGGCGUCACCGGCAGCCUCGCGGACUGGUCGGCCGUGACCGCGAACGAGCAGUUCGGCUCCCCUGCCCCGCGCCACGCCGAGGCGGGGAGCCGGGCCACGCCGAAGCGGAGCCCGCGGGCGCCGGCUUUCGGCGCCGGCCAGGGCCGCGUCGUCGGCGGGGUCAUGGACUGGCCCCUGGGCGAGUUCUUCCGCGGCGUUAGCGACUUCAACGGCGGCUUCAGCUUCGGCGAGAGCGGCACCUCCAAGGCCGACAGCGGGAAGCUCAGGGGCAGCGCGGGGGGCUCCCCGUACUACCGCUCGUCGUCGGAGGACCGGGACGCCAACGAGUUGCUCGGCCAGGUGCCGGAGAUCAAGUGGUCGGUGCCGGAGCUCCCCUCCCCGCCGACGGCCUCCGGCCUCCACUGGCAACACGGCGGCGGCCCCGACAGCACGGCCUUCGUGCCGGACAUCUGCUCCCCGGACAGCUUCCCGACCGCCGCCGCCGCCGCCGCAGGAGCAAAGCGCCAGAGGAAUCGCUAGCGCCGGAUCACCAUGCGCAUGAUUGUUCCGGCAGCCAAUAGCUGUGCUGAGCCAACGGAUUGCAGCUGCUGCAUCCAGGACAGUAGAACACUGACCUGACCAGAUCCGGUCCUGGGUGUGGUGUCAUACUGUCGUCUGAAGCUUCAUUGCCAUGGUGAUGCUUCAACGAAUCUAGCUAGGAACCGAGAAGAUAGUGAGUACUAGCGAGGAUGGUGGUGGUUGAGGUUGACGUUGCAUCGAGCAUCGUCAACUCAAUCCGUGGUGACGGUGCGAGUUUGGAUUUGAGCUUGUGUGCGUGUUUGGCAGCUGGUGGCGCAUCGAAUCGAACACCGGACGAUGGAAAUGGAACGAACAAGAAACUGCGAGCCUUUUGAUUUCUUCAUGGAGGUCUGAAACUGAUGCCCAAACAUAUAGCUGGAACAGUACCAGGAACAGAAGAUUUGAUGCUGAUGCUUCGUUUUCUUGUCCGUUCAAAGCUUGAUCUCAGUGGGUAUGUUCGAUCAGUGUAACAAAUUAAAGAUGCCGGCUUUGAUUGUACAUUACCUUUCUAUCACUCUGUUCGCUGUGGUGGCUGGUGGCUGGUGCUGAUUUGAUGUGAGAACAAAAUACUGUUGGCUAGAUGCAGCGAACAGAGUGUAUAUAAGGAUGUUUACCUGACCUUUUUUCUUCGGUGGCGGAGAGAGAGGUUGUCGAGGGUCUAAGGUUUGAAUGUCGAAACUUUUGAAAAAAAACUGAAAUGUAUGUCUAUAGGGACAUCACAAA